AUGGCCGGCAUGGGCUCCGCCAAUAUCGUACACACCAUUUUACUGGUGGGAGGAUUAGUCCUCACCGCUGGAGUUCUUGGAGUGGUAAUUGCAAUUCUCGUGAAUGAAUCCAACAACAACAACAACAACGUCGUCAAUCCUGGAACUAACACCAUCUACAAUGAAACCUUGAUCUACAACAGUACCUUGGUCUUCAAUUCAACCAACACUGUCAACAAUACAAAUACCUACAAUCAGACUGUUAUCCAAGUUCAAACUGUAUACGUUGAUUCAUCGAAAGCUGUCAAUGUUGCACCACCGAAACAGAUUCCAUCCUCGAAUUCAAAAUAUCAGUCAUAUCAACAAGUUGUCCAGUUGUUCAAGGCCUCCGUGAAUCUGUCCGCUGAUCCAUGCAAUGACUUCUACGCCUACACAUGUGGAAACUUCCAAGGGGACAUGAGUUUUGACGUUUCUGAUAACUCAAACGUCAAUGAUAUGGUCUCAAAACUCUCUGAUGAUGCUUACAUCAGCACUGCGCCUCUCCCAGUCCAACAAACUCGUUGGUAUUUCGAUCAAUGCGUGAGUGCUCGUCAAAACUGGAACACAAUCGUUGCAAGUGGAAAAGUUGUCACCGAUGCUAUCAACAAACUCGGUGCUGGAUCAACUGGAUUCGAACAAUCCACUCAAUUCCCAUUCCCAAUGUUGGAUCAAAACAAAGAUGUUACCACUUAUCCAGGAAAGCUCGGACUCGGAUAUCUCGUUGGAUCUCUCACUGCUUCUGGAGUCGAUACUUUUGUGUCUGCUGGAGUUGAUACGAACUGGAAAGAUCCUGCUGGUCCAGAAGGAUUCGCUUAUUUGAUCGAUCAGCCAUCCACUUUUGCUCCGAAUACCUACUAUCUGAAGGAUUGGGACGCAUUGAAUGCACAACUCAAUGACUCAAUCACCAGCACAAUGCUUCUGUUGGCUCAAGUUCAGAACAAAAAUCUUGAUUUGAACAUUCUUGCGAAAGAUGUUCAAGACAUCAUCCAUCUUGAUUAUGUUCUUGCCACUAACUUCUCUACUGAUGAUACCACUCGUCGUCAAUAUGAUAGAAGUUACAAUCCAAACACUUUGGCUCAGCUCAGAUCUCUUUACCAUGAUGAUAUCUUCAGUUGGCACAUGUUCUUGCCACUUGCUGUCGGAACCGCCGAGCAAGUUCUUGAUAAACUUCUCAAUCAAGCGACUUACAAUUAUUAUAUUGUUAUGGAGCCAGCAAAGAUCAACAUGCUUUUCGAGGCACUCAAUGAUCAGAACAAGUACGGAAUCACUCCAAGAGCUGUUGUCAAUUAUCUCUAUUACCGUCUCGUUGACUCAUUGAGCAAUUUCCUUCCAUGGCCAACAACUACGACAAUCGCUCGUCCAUUCGUCAAGAUCCAAAGACAACCAGUUGGACGUCCAAGACACGUUCUUCCACACGAAAGAAAAUAUGAAAUCAAGCAAAUCGAUGAUAUUUCUGAUGCUCAAUACAGUUGUGCUGCUGAAACUAUUGAUCAAAUGCAAUAUGCCAACGCUCGUGUCUUCGUUGACAAGAUCUACCCAACUGCCGAUGAUCGUAAGAAUGUUCGUGAACAUGUUGCCAAGGUUGCCAGCAGUAUUGUCAUUGGAUUCCGUUCAAUGAUUGAUCAACUCAACUGGAUGACCAGUUCAACCAAAAAGGGCGCUUACAAUAAGAUUGAGAAUCUUGUCAAGAACAUCGCUUACCCAGAUUGGAUCACUGAUGAUGCUAUGUUGACUCAAUAUCAUGUUCCUAUGAACUUCAAACAAACCGAUGACUACAUUACAAUGUAUUUCAACGCUCAAGACUUCAAUCUCUAUGCUCAAUGGGAUCAACUUGUUCAAGGACCAGCCGAUCGUACUGGAUUCAACGGACCUCCAGGAGUCACGAAUGCUUGGUAUCAACCAGAAUUGAACUCAAUUACUUUCCCAGCUGGAAUUCUGAAAAAGCCAUUCUAUGACUUCAACUGGCCAGCUUCUGUGAACUUCGGAGCUAUGGGAGUGAUUGCUGGACACGAAUUAACUCAUGGAUUUGAUGAUCAAGGAGUCCAAUGGAAUGGAGUCGGAACUCUUAGCGGAUGGAUGGAUGACCAAUCAAAGGUCUCAUUCACCAACAUGGCUCAAUGCGUAGUGGAUGAAUACAGUGGUUUCUGCCCACUCGACAAGGCAACAUAUGGAGCAGCUGCGUGUAUCGAUGGAGCUCAGACUCAGGGAGAAAACAUUGCAGAUAACGGAGGAAUCCACUCUGCUUUCCGUGCUUACAAGAACUACGUUGACCUAUAUGGACCAGAUCCAGUUCUUCCAGAUGACAGUUUCCAAUAUUUCAAUCCAGAUCAGCUUUUCUUCUUGAGUUUCGCUCAAGUUUGGUGUCAACUUCCAUAUAAGGAUUACCAAUUCCUUCGUCAAAUUCUUGUUGAUGUUCACUCUCCAUCCAUCUAUCGUGUUCUUGGAACAAUUCAAAAUUUCCCAGCAUUCAAGACUGCAUUCAACUGUCCAGCUUCCACGUAUGCACCAGACAAGCAUUGCAACGUUUGGGUUUCCGAUAUUGAUACCACUUACGGACUUCCAAAUGUUCAAACCGAUUUGAAUGUGGCUCCAGAAGCACCGAUCACUGCCACUAAUGUUGACAAGAUGAAUGCUUAUCAAAUGGCUGUAAACUACUAUUCCAAAUCCGUUAACACCAAGAUUGAUCCAUGCAGCGAUUUUUACGGAUAUGCCUGUGGAACAUUCAAUCAACCAGUGUCCUUCACUACCGCCCGUGCUCAGAACCUCAUCUACAUGUCCCAAAAACUUGAAGAUCCAGCUUAUCAACCAACUAUCCAAGGCUGUUCUGCUCUAACCAAAGAGAAACAAUUGUACACCGCUUGUGUGGCAGCGACUGCUUCUUCACAAACCGAAGACCAACUUCUCAUUUCAAAGAACUACAUUCAAGCGAGAGUAACAGCACUUCAAGGAUUCCUCGGAACACCAUUCACACUUGUUGCUGGAGGUGCUGCUACUCUUCCAAACGCCAAACAACUGGGUGAUGCUCUCGGAUAUCUCUCAUUCGAGCAAGGAAUCGACACUCUUGUUAGUCCACUUGUUGAUACAUAUUGGCCGGAUAACAGUAAGGGAUAUCAAAUGUUCAUUGACCAGAAUACUGCUUACUUGUCAAAGACAUACUAUCAGCCAGCUGCGUGGAAGAUUGAGAAGCCAAAGUAUUACAAUAUGGCUUAUGGAGUUAUUAAGAGAUAUGCAAGGGAACAAAACAUCAAUUUACCUGAUUCAUUCAAUGAUACUCUUUCAAAAGUUUUGGAUUAUGAACAAAAUAUUGCCACUAAAUACAGUACUGACGAUGACACCCGUAGGCAAUUCGGUCGUUCUUGGAAUCUUGUGAAUGUUGGAGACUUGGGAAAGACUUACAGCUUCUUGGAUUGGAUCACAUAUCUUGGACACGCUCCAUCAACUGUCAAGGACAAGGUGACGAAUGUCAACUACCAAGUAUCUGUUAUGGAAAUUGAUAGACUCACUCAUUUCUCUGCCGACUACGCCACACUAGAUUCAAAUCUUCUUGUUAACUUGCUCUACGUUCGUCUUAUUCUCGGAAAUGCUCAGUAUAUUCCAUCUUAUGCAUCAGCAUUCAAGGGAAUGACUGAAGAGUCAGUUUUCCUUGGACUUUCCAGAAGAAAGACAAUUCCAAAUAACAUUCCACCAAGUUCUGAUAUUGCUGCAAAUGGACCAGGAUGCGCCAGUGUUGCCAAUAAUUUGAUGCAGUUUGCCAACGGACGUGUUUUCAUUGAUUACAUGUAUCCAACCCCUCAAGAUGUGACUAAUAUUCGUGCUUCUGCUGGCGGUAUCAUCAAGAAUGUAAUCAGUUCAUUCCAAGGAAUGAUCGAUCAAUUAGAUUGGAUGAGUCCGGAUACAAAGAAGAAGGCUUAUGACAAGACUGUCAAUAUUCAACAGAACAUUGCUUUCCCUGAUUGGAUCGCUAAUGACACUCAACUCAGCAACUAUUACAAUGAUCUGAAGCUUGAUCCUGCUGACAACUAUUAUGAUAUUCUUGAUAAGCUCACAAAGUUCAACAUUGAGAUUCAAUACAACCAAUUGAAUGCCGCUAUGACCGACAGAACUGAUUUCUUGGGACAACCAGGAACAGUCAAUGCUUGGUAUCAACCUGAAUUGAACUCGAUUACAUUCCCAGCUGGUAUUCUUGUUCCUCCAUAUUUCCAACCAAACUGGCCACCAAGUAUCAACUACGGAGGAAUGGGAUUGGUUGCUGGACACGAGUUGACUCACGGAUUCGAUGAUCAAGGAGUUCAAUGGGGACCGACUGGAAAUCUUGCUGGAUGGAUGGACGAUAACUCAAAGACUGGAUUCGUUAAUAUGGCACAAUGUGUUAUUAACGAGUAUAACAACUUCUGUCCAUUGAAUGCCACUAUGUACACACCAAAUUGUGUCAAGGGAUCUCAAACUCAAGGAGAGAAUAUUGCUGAUAACGGAGGAAUUCAUGCUGCUUUCAAUGCAUACAAGACUCACCAAGCCCUCGAUGGACCAGAUCCACGUCUUCCUGAUCGUCUCUUCGGACAAUUCACUCAUGACCAACUUUUCUUCAUGAGUUUCGCUCAAGUUUGGUGUGAAGUCCGUCGUACGGAUGAGGCAUUGUAUACUCAAAUUAUGGUUGAUCCACAUUCACCAUCAAUGUACAGAGUCUUCGGAACCAUUCAGAAUUUCCCAGCAUUCCAAACUGCUUUCAACUGUCCCCUUGGAUCAAAUAGUGCUCCAACAAAUCACUGUGAAGUCUGGGUUCCAGGAAAGUAUCAAUAG